CCGCCCCCCCCGCCGAGAAGCGCCGCUUCCCAGAGCCCGGCCGAGCCGCGGCGGUUGCUUCUGCGAGUCUAUUAGCAGGCGCGUGGUAGCGAUGGCGGCUCUCUGGGAGACUUGCCCGUCACUGGCUACUCCUCCUCCCGGCCCGCCGGCGGCGCUCCACCCCACCCGCCCCCGCCCCCGCCCCCCCCAGCGUCUAGUUUACAAGUAGCGAUUUCCCCGGCCGGUGCCGCGGGUUCGGAGCGAGCCGGGGCGCGCGCCGCGGGCCGGGCGCAACCACCCUCCCGGAGGAGCCCGAGGCGGGCCCCCGCAUCCCCGGCCGGCCGGCCAGGCCAACAUGGGGCUGAGGGAGAGGCUGGGCAAGGAAUGGUUCAUGUUCUGCAUCGUGCUGGCCAUCGUGCUGGCGAAGAUGGACCCGUCCGUUGGGGCCAAGGGCGGACCAUUGAAGCCUGAAACAACUAUAACCUACAUUGCUGUUUCAACCAUAUUCUUUAACAGUGGACUGUCACUAAAAACAGAGGAGCUGACAAGUGCUUUGAUGCAUAUAAAAUUACAUCUUUUUGUUCAGAUCUUUACACUUGCAUUCUUCCCAACAACAAUAUGGCUUUUUCUUCAAUUGCUCUCAGUCACAUCUAUCAACGAAUGGCUCUUAAAAGGUUUACAAACAGUUGGUUGCAUGCCGCCUCCUGUUUCUUCUGCAGUGAUCUUAACCAAAGCUGUUGGUGGGAAUGAGGCAGCAGCUAUAUUUAACUCAGCCUUUGGAAGUUUUUUGGGCAUCAUUGUAACACCAUUGCUGCUGCUGAUUUUCCUUGGAUCAUCUUCUUCAGUGCCUUUUACCUCCAUUUUUUCCCAGCUUUCUAUGACUGUUGUCGUUCCUCUCAUUAUCGGACAGAUUGUCCGAAGGUAUAUCAAGGAUUGGCUGGAGAGGAAGAAGCCCCCAUUUGGGACGAUCAGCAGCUGCGUUCUCCUCACCAUCAUCUACACAACCUUCUGCGACACCUUCUCCAAUACCAACAUCGACCUGGACGGCCUCAGCCUCCUCAUAAUUUUGUUCAUAAUAUUUUCUGUCCAGCUGAGCUUUAUGUUUUUAACAUUCUUCUUUUCUACAAGGAAUAAUUUGGGUUUCACACCAGCAGACACUGUUGCUAUUAUUUUCUGCUCCACACACAAAUCCCUCACGUUGGCUCCAGUGAACACCACUAAAAAACCCCAAGUUAGGGAGGAUCAAACCUUUGGAGAUGGAGGAAUGAGGAGGAGGAGAAAGAGGAGGAGGAGGAGAGAGGAGGAGGAAGAGGAAGAGGAGGAGGGAGAAGCAGGAUAUCCCAGCAUCAGCCUUUCCUCAUGGAACAAUCGUUUUCCUCCAUUCUCCCACCCCUGCGGAGAGGCCAUCUGUAUUAUUAAUCAACUUUUCUGUGGUUCCCAGGCACUUUGACCAAAUGCCAUUUCGACAUUGCUCUGUAAAUAGUGGAUGAUAUUAUUUGUAUUACUGACCUCGAAGGCUUGGUUAUGAGGAUUAGCUGUUUAAUGGAUGUGAAAACGCUUUGUAAACUGUUAAUAUGUGAAUAAAUCUUGAAGAAUAGCCUUCUUUACCAUAAAACUUCAAAUGAGGAUUUAAAGUUCACAUCAAAGGCAGUCUGGGUAAUUUGUGUUUGCUAAAAAUCUGAGAAGAGAACUACUGUUUCCUCUCUUUUCUUGCCUGACUUGGGUUAUUAAAGGGACAAUUUCUUCUUCCUAUUACUAAUGACCUGUGACAUCUAGUUUGUAGCCUUAUAUUUGAAAGGUUUUUUAUAGAGCUCUUCUAGGCUACAUUGUCCCUUUGGGAGAAAGGAUAUUUUUGAAUCCAGGAUUUAGAAAUCUAAAGCAAGUGUAAGUCUCUCAGGAUGGUUUAUAUAACCAUUUCCAUAUACCAUAGCUAAUCUGUUUCUCAAGGUACCUCCUCCCUCCCCCCAAAAAAGCAUUGUUUUUUGCACAGCUAACCUGUUUCUCAAGGUACCCCCCCUCCCAAAAAAGCUUUAAAAUCAUCCUAAUUAUAUGUAAAUAGUAUUUGAAAGGAAUGGAGUGGAGAGUUUACUGAGGUAGGGUGAGAAAUCAUUAGUAGAUUAGUAACUAAAGUUUUGCUUUUAAUUUAUAACUUUUUAUAAUUCUAAAUUAAUAAUUAAUAAACCAUUUAAAAAGAUCCUAGACUAACCAUAAGCUGCAAAGAAUUUGCAUUUUUUGUAAGUGUAUAUAAAUUUUAGCCAAAAUAUCCUCUUUGCAUCUGCGGCCCCUCCAGGUCUCUUUUUCUUUGUCCCUGAGUUACUGUUUGUUACUGUUCCUUGUUUUGGUGUAGUCAUUUUCAU